UCGAUUUGUUCCUGGUUGCUUCUUCCUGUUUGACCUGGAGCUCGCAGUCGCACCUCUUUUGCUUAGCGUUCUACUUGUGAUCCUGGAGGAUUUGGCCCAACUAUGAAGUUUGUCUUGUAGGAAUGUAUCACAGCUGGUGUGAGGGGUUUUCUACUUACCAAAGGACAUAUGACCUGAUACAUGCCAACGAUGUCUUCCGUUUAUACUAGAACGAGUGCAAGUUCGAAGAUAUACUCCUUGAAAUGGACCGGAUCUUAUGCCCAGAGGGCGCAGUUAUAAUCCGUGACAAGGUUGAUGCUCUUGUAAAGGUGGAGAAAAUAGCCAACGCCAUGAGAUGGAAAACAAGAUUGGCCAACCAUGAGGGUGGGCCUCGUGUGCCUGAGAAGAUGCUCGUUGCAGUUAGAAGGAAUUGCUCCUUCAACCAGGGAAGGAGAAGGAUGGGAGGCUGGACACGGCGAUCUGAUAGGAAGAAUAGCAUGCUGAUGACUGUUUAUGUCUCUGAUAUUGAUCAACAAGUUCCUUGGUCUCGUACUAUUUUAUGCCAAAUUUCCUUGAAAGCUUUGAAAUGUAAAAAAGUAGUCGAAGACACGCUUGUUCUAGGGAUUUGGUGGCCGAGAGACCACCACUGGCUGACCCAAGUGGUUGAGGUCCCGUGUUUGUUUCUUUUUGAAGGUACUGAUUUCCUCAUGGCGGGCCAGCACACCGCUGCCUGCAGAGCACUUACCAGGAGGAAAAAGGCAUGGUGGGCGAAUGCCAUGGGCAACAUCCACAUGCACUGCUGGCAGAUUGAUGAAUACAUUAUAUUCUGGCAUUACCAUGUCAUUUACACGAAAGGCCCUAAAACUGAGGGCGAUUGCAAUGUUUUUCUUUUCACUUUUACGUUGUUGAUGGCUGAAGUUUUGAAGCUAUACAUCAGUAGAAGAAUCUUGGCACAAAUUUGAGCGUUGUUGUAUCAUUUGUUUUUAAACUGCUGUCACAAGAAGCUGUUUAAAAUGUGUCGGUUGAAACCUGCAAACUAUUGUGGUGAUAGUGAAAAAGUUGGUAUAUGUUCUACACAAAUACGACACGACCUUUAAUCAUGUCGUGUUGAGAUCUAGAAGAAAUCAGGAGUGCACUGAUCCAGAAUUA